AUGACAAAUAUAUUCGAGCAUGGAAAGGCUCUCAGAGAAAACUACAAAAAAGAGUACACAAGGAGUACCGAAAAAAAAGAAGAAUUCUUUGCAGAGCAGGCAAGAGCGCUUCUCACGUUCUCAAAAGAUUUCUCAAAAACAUACACAGUAGAUAAUAACCUGCCCAGGAUAGCAUGGUUUGAAGACGGGGAAAUAAAUGCAUGCUACAACGCAGUGGACAGACAUGCGAGGUCUACGCCUGACAAGGUGGCCAUUCUCUACGAGGAUGAUUUUGAAGCGAUUACGCAAAUAACAUACAAAGAGCUUCUUGAUAGAGUGAUGGUCUUUGCAGACUAUCUCAAAUCCCACGGGGUAAGCAAAGGAGAAACCGUCUGCAUCUACAUGCCCAUGGAGCCCAAUGCUCUUAUCGCAUCGCUUGCGUGUGCUAGGCUUGGGGUAGCACACACGGUGGUUUUUGGAGGAUUCAGCUCCGAAAGUCUCUCGCUCAGAAUAGAAGACUCAGACGCAGUCUGGCUCAUAACCUCAGACAUCAUAAAGAGAGGAGGGAAGACCAUAGACUAUCUGACCAACGUGCUAAAUGCAGUGGAAAUGCUCUCGUCCUCCGGCAGCUCUCCACUGAAGGGCAUGCUCAUAUGCGACAGAGAGUCCAUAAAGCCAGACACGCUAUCAAAGCUAGCAGCUUUUGUAAAAGUACACCUUUUUUCCGAAGUUACCAAGAGCGAAAAUAGCGUAGAGUUUAUUCCCUGUGUACCAGUUCCAUCUGAAAAUAUUCUCUUCCAUUUGUACACCAGCGGGAGCACAGGGAGACCCAAAGGCCUUUCCCACAGCACGGCUGGAUAUUUGCUGUACGCAGCCCUGACAACUUUGAUCUGUUUUGACAUCAAGGAAAAUGACGUGUUCUUCUGCACAGCUGAGCUAGGAUGGAUAACCGGGCACUCCUAUGUGCUGUACGGGCCACUUACGCUGGGAAUCACAACAGUUGUCUUUGGAGGCAUUCCCACCUAUCCCGAUCCAUGCAGGCUUUUCAGAUCAGUGGAAAGACUCAAGGCCACGCACCUAUACACUGCGCCUACGGUUGUAAGACUGCUGCAGAAGUCUCUCCCAGACUGUCUUGUGCGGCCGUACGACAAAACAGAGUCGCAGGACAAUCUCGUCCCAGCAGUUGACCAUGUCCCAGACUCUCCUGCGAGCGCGAGGUCUAUUUUUACACACGGCAUAACAAAUACGUUCGACAGGAGCAGAUACUUCAAAGAGUUCAAGGAGGACUGUCCGCUGGCUAAAAUCGAUCUUUCCACACUGCGAGUGCUCGGAUCAGUGGGAGAGCCAAUAAACAAGGGAGCAUACAUCUGGUUCUCCAUGUACUUUGGAGACGGCAAGCUGCCUGUGGUGGAUACGUACUGGCAGACUGAGGCAGGGGGCGUGAUGCUGUGCCCCAUCAUUGGCGUCUCAGAGUACAAGCCUGAAAGCGCGUCAUUCCCGUUCUUUGGGAUGCAGCCUGUUGUCAUAAAAAAAGACACGGAGACAUUUGAGGAGAUUGUAGGAGACUCGGGAAUACUGCUGUUUAAGGAGUUUUGGCCAGGCAUAGCCAGAACAAUAGUGAAGAACCACGAAAGGUACAAGAGCGCAUACUUCCCAUACGAUGGAUACUUCUACACGGGCGAUGAAGUGUUCAGGGAUGCAGACGGAUACUUUUGGAUCAGAGGAAGAAUUGACGAUGUGAUAAACGUGUCAGGACACAGGCUGAGCACAGCAGAGAUUGAAAGCGCCAUAUGCUCCAUUGAAGGCAUCGCUGAGGCUGCAGCACUUGGAGAAGAGGACGAGGUGACGGGACAGGGAGUGACCAUAUUCAUCGUAAAGUCAAAAGAGAUAGACGAUGAAAUACUAUUUCCUCUGAUCAAGCAGGUGCUCAGGAAAAAGAUAGGGCCAGUUGUAUCGCCAAAGAGGAUCAUAUCGUGCCCCGAGCUGCCAAAGACGAGCACGGGGAAGAUGAUGCGAAGAGUGCUCAGGAAGAUCCUUGAAGGCCAGGAAGUGGGAGACAUCAGCACGUGCAUAAACCCAGACUCCAUCACAUUCGCAAAGUCAAACAUAGCAAAGUAG